AAUGAUUGAAGAUUGUGGGAAAAGAGGAAAUACCAUGGCAGAAAGAAGGCAGCUGUUUGCAGAAAUGCGGGCUCAGGAUCUGGAUCGCAUCCGUUUGUCCACCUACCGAACAGCAUGCAAGCUUAGAUUUGUUCAGAAGAAAUGCAACUUACACCUGGUGGACAUCUGGAAUGUGAUAGAAGCCUUGCGGGAGAAUGCCCUGAACAACCUGGACCCCAGCAUCGAACUGAACGUGGCUCGCCUGGAAGCUGUGAUUUCAACCAUCUUCUACCAGCUCAACAAGCGGAUGCCGACGACCCAUCAGAUCAACGUGGAGCAGUCCAUCAGCUUGCUGCUCAACUUCCUGCUAGCGGCCUUUGAUCCGGAAGGACAUGGUAAAAUUUCCGUUUUUGCUGUCAAAAUGGCGUUGGCAACUCUUUGUGGAGGAAAAAUCAUGGACAAAUUAAGAUAUAUUUUCUCCAUGAUUUCUGACUCCAGCGGGGUGAUGGUUUAUGGCAGAUAUGACAUGUUUCUGCGCGAGGUACUCAAGCUGCCCACUGCUGUCUUUGAGGGGCCUUCAUUUGGUUACACUGAGCAGUCGGCAAAAUCCUGUUUCUCACAACAGAAAAAAGUCACAUUAAACACUUUCUUGGAUACUCUCAUGUCUGAUCCCCCGCCACAGUGUCUAGUGUGGUUACCACUUCUGCAUCGACUGGCAAAUGUUGAAAAUGUCUUCCACCCCGUCGAGUGUUCCUACUGCCACAGCGAGAGCAUGAUGGGGUUUCGCUACCGCUGCCAGCAGUGUCACAAUUACCAGCUCUGUCAGGACUGCUUCUGGAGGGGCCAUGCCAGCGGUUCCCACAGCAACCAGCACCAAAUGAAAGAGUACACGUCAUGGAAAUCACCUGCUAAGAAGCUAACUAAUGCACUUAGCAAGUCUUUAAGCUGUGCUUCCAGCCGUGAACCUUUGCACCCAAUGUUCCCUGACCAGCCUGAAAAACCUCUAAACCUGGCUCAUAUUGUAGAUACUUGGCCCCCCCGACCUGUAACCAGCAUGAACGACACACUCUUCUCCCAUUCUGUUCCCUCAGGAAGUCCCUUUGCAAACAGAAGGUUACUUGGGGGUAUAAAUGCAGCCAGUCCUGUGGCUGAUGAGCAUUCUCUUAUAAAGCUGUAUGUAAAUCAGCUUCACAACAAUUCACGUUUUCCUGUCUUAUUAACUAGCUCUCCUUCCAAGAAUACUGAAGUAGAGCAGAGCAAACUGCUGGCUAGGGCUGCUCCAGCUUUCUUGAAAGGCAAAGGGUUACAGUACAGCCUCGAUGUUGCAGACAGGCUGGCCGAUGAACAUGUGCUCAUCGGGGUGUAUGUCAACAUGCUGCAGAGCAACCCCACACGCGUCCUUGACAGUGCAAGUCGCCUGGAUGAAGAGCACAAGCUGAUCGCCAGGUAUGCAGCAAGGCUGGCAGCAGAAACUUCUUCAUCACAGCCGAGUCAGCAGAGAGGGGCGUCAGAUAUCUCCUUCACCAUUGAUGCAAACAAGCAGCAAAGGCAGCUGAUUGCAGAGCUUGAAAAUAAAAACCGAGAAAUCCUGCAGGAGAUCCAGAGGCUGCGACUUGAACAUGAGCAAGCAUCUCAGCCCACUCCAGAGAAGGCUCAACAAAAUCCCACUCUUCUUGCAGAGCUCCGGCUCCUGAGACAGCGGAAGGAUGAGCUGGAACAGAGGAUGUCUGCUCUCCAGGAAAGCCGAAGGGAGCUUAUGGUUCAGUUAGAAGGCCUCAUGAAACUGCUGAAGGAAGAAGAAUUGAAACAGACGCAGGGGGCAGGUUCCCCACGUUCCUCACCCAGCCACACCAUCAGCCGGCCGAUUCCCAUGCCCAUCAGGUCUGCCUCUGCCUGCUCCACCCCGACCCACGCACCUCAGGACUCUCUGACCGGGGUGGGAGGAGAUGUGCAGGAAGCCUUUGCACAAAGUGCAAGACGAAACCUAAGAAACGAUUUGCUGGUGGCGGCAGAUUCAAUCACCAACACCAUGUCUUCUUUGGUAAAAGAACUAAACUCUGAAGUGGGCAGCGAGACAGAGAGCAAUGUGGAUUCUGAGUUUGGACGGACUCAUUUUGAUGACCUGGUUCCAUCCCCAACGUCUGAGAAGGCUUUCCUGGCACAGAUCCAUGCCCGGAAGCCAGGGUACAUCCACAGCGCUGCUGCCACUGGCUCCAUCCGCAGUGACAUGGUUACAGAAGAUGGAGACCCUUAUGUCAGAGCAGAUGAUGAAAAUUACGAGAACGACUCUGUCCGCCAGCUGGAGAAUGAACUGAAAAUGGAGGAGUACCUGAAGCAGAAGCUGCAGGAUGAGGCGUACCAGGUCAGUUUGCAAAGUUGAGUGCAAUAUUCUUCUCUCUCCUCUCAAGGAAGCUGCAGUCAGACAGACAAUGAAAGCUACGUACGAACUGACGAUGAGGAGAGCUGCUUUCGGACAGACGACGAAGAAAACUCAGCUGCGAACUUCACGGAACAGUGGAACCAAGAGGUGCAGCGUCUCUUGACAAAAAAAUCACAUAACUAAGUUCUGAGGACUGUAGCACAGUACUUUUGUUCUAAGAGUUGUAGUUUGUAGAUGUGUGUUUUUUGACAACAAGACUUUUGUUUAAAGCUAACUUAUAUUAGCUACAUCUUCUGUAACAUGGCUCAUUACUGGUGAAGCAAACAGACUGAUGCGCGUGCUGCUGUCACACACGGCAGUGCUGUUAAUAACUCACGUAAACCCUUUGCACAUGAUAUUGAACCUGUUCAGUUUACAAUGACAAUACUGUUUAUAGUUAGAAAUUUGAUUUCUGAAUACUUUGAGAUUUUAGUAGAUCAGUUUACUAUACACUGUACAUUUUUCUUUCCAUGGGAAAAAUAAAAAGCUACAAUUAUGCAUUUAACACUGAAUGAUUAUACUCCUGAGUGUAUAUAUCUAGUAGCCCAAAAAAAAGUACCAGACUAUAUUUGCAAUUUGUUUGCAAGUCUUUAAAUUAAGGCUUAUACAAAAUGUACUAAAAAUUAUAAUAAUAUAAUUAAUAAUAAUAGUAAACUUCUCUAGUUUAGGGCUAAUGUGUAACUUAGGAAUGUUUCUUUCAAAAUAAUCUAACAAAUCAGCCAUAGAAGUUAGUGUAAAUAUUUUUUUUCCAAAUAGAUAUCAUAUACAAAAGGUGACAUUCAAAUGAUAUAGAAUCUAGUUUUUAAAUCAGCACAGAUCUUCUUAAAACUGUGAACUAUGUUUUGAAAUACUCGUUGCUAAAGCUGUUUAUAAACCACAGGUGCCAUAAGAUCCCUGAACUGACUGAUGUUACGUAUAAUCCUCCAUGGUAUUGUUUCAUUGAUGUUUUAGCUUUAGUAAGCAUGUGUUCAACAAACCAGCUCUUUCCAUCUCUCUGCCCCUCCUCUUACUCCCCACCCCCUUCCAUUAUGUUAUUUUCGAGGCCUUCAGCUUUAAAUGUACAGGCUUAAAGUGCGCUUGCAACUGUUUUCUUUUGAUUUCCGAAUGUGUACUGCCUUAGCCAGCCACCAGAUGUUCUGCAUGCCCUCUUGGAAAUGUGUGGUGAGACUCUUUCAGAGCUGGAUGGAGAAAUAGCGAUCAGUGAAAAGCACAAGAAGAGCAGUGGAUUUUUUCGAAAGGACAGGCAUACAGUUGCAGAAUUGGAGUUUCGUCCAGUUUAGUAUUUUUCCAGUAUCAAGGCAUUUCAGGAGAAAUGGGACUGACCUGGCCAUUAGGCAGGGUUAGGCAAUGAGGCUGCUGGCUGAAAAGUGUUUGCUCUGCUGUGACUACAAACCUACAGAUACUCCUGAGCAGGCAUUGACACAAACUAGCAUCAGCGUGCUCCCCAGAGCACCCUGCUCUGAAACAAAGGUGACACCUCUGUGGCACGUGGCACUGGCGUGCAGAGGAACCAGAGCCAGGCCAGGGACAGCUGGAGCAGCAGCCAGGCAGGGGCACCAGGAGGUGUUCCGUGCUGGCCAUCUGGCCCUCCUGAGCUGUCCAGUGUUAGCUCAGGGCCACCUCUGUGCCAAGGUAACUUCACUGCCCUAAUACAGUAUUGGGCUUCCAGUACCUGGCUAACCUGAAGUGACACUGUCUAACAGCCCUGCAAACAGUGGUGUUUCAUACAGAUAUUUCACACCAGCACAGUUUGCCUACAGCAAGUGAUGAGAUACCCAUCUAAAGCAGGUUAACGUGGCUUGUCUGUCCUUGCUUUCAUGGUGACGUGGAUGUGUGCUGCCGUAUUUACGUGAGAUUGCUAUGUAGCUCGACCCAGUAAGUCCACUUGUUUGCAUGCAUUCUCCAGGCUCGUGGCUGUUUCCCUGGGCACUAUGUGUUAGGGAAUGAGUAUCUGUAUGAAAGAGCUGCUGCCAUUUUUCACUUUCAUAUCAUUUUAUUAUGUACGCAGAUCUCUUGUCUGUAUAUCCUUGUGGAUCUGGGCUCGCUCUCAGACAUCUAAAUGCAUACUAAGGGAUCCAGAUACCUUCAUGUAAGCUUUUCAUUUUUGCAAUCACUGGUCUUUGCUCCUGGGGUAUGUGCUAUCCUGGCAAGGUAGGCACCAUAUCCUCCACUGUCCCCUCCUCCAACCUCCUCUCAGGAAUGAGUUAGCCUCCACUAGUGCCUAGCACUCCAUGUUUUAAGCUACUCCAGUGAACCUGUAGACAUUGCUGUCGGCUCAGGAUUCCAGGCAAGCAUUUCCUGAACAGGGAGAAAACAAGCUAGAACACAGCUACAUGCAAUGGCUGAUUAAUUCAACCCAUGUCAUGUUUAACUGUACCCAAAGUAAUAGAUCCCUCUCAUCACCUUAAUGUCUGCGUGCUCAUUAUCACCACACUUAAAAUAGAUGCAUUAGACUAAAUCCAUUGCAAGAGCUUCCGAGCUAGGAGUAAGAACUGAAGUUGCCUAAUCACCUUUCUUUUAGGCUGGUGUGAACAAGAUGAUCCCUUAGAGUUGGAGUUCUGGGUCCCUUAUGCCCUGGAGCUCUGAGAUGAAGCACCUCUUACUUAGCUCUGCAAACAUCUAUUUUAAGCAUUUUUCCAACUGUUAAGCUGGCUGCAUUUUCACCCAGCUGGUCUUUGUCUGUUUGUUGAAUAUUAUUUUGGUUGUGGUUUGCGGUCAUUAAAACAAACACAGUUACAGAAGAGGUCCCUGGUACGGCCCUUUUCUUAACUACCAAUGGCCCACCAACAGCCAUCAAAACUCCGGGUGGUUUUACUGUCACUGGAGGAAAACCAGUGGUUUGGAAUCAGGAGGCAGGGAUGUGAAGAUGUAUAGGGUCCUUGAAUGUCCAAAGCGAAGGUGGAGAAUGGGUUGUCUGUAAGUAGUAAUGUUAACUAAACUGCAUAAAAAGGUGUGUGGCCUUUGUUGUGAUAUAAUAUGUAUUUUCUUAUAUGCAUGAGCCAAAUUGUUGCAUCAUAAUUUAUCAUAAGUGUGUCCGCCUUUACUUUCAGUCAUCAUCUUCUCCCAUCCUUAUUGGUUCUUGGCAAUUACUGUAGAUAGACCUUGUAAAUAUUGCAACCUCGGGUUGCUGUAAUCACAUUGGUUCAAUUCAGCAGACGGAGCUGUGAACAACAAGCACUCCAUGGUGUCCUGAAGAAUAAAGGGCAUUUUUACCUUUGAACCAAAAAAAAAGUACGAAGAGUUACAUCUUGAGGCUACUAACUGCAACGCAUUUUUAAAACUACUGUACUUGACACCACUUGAGACAGAUACAGAGACACUAAAGAUGUCACGAUAUUCAUUGGUAUUGUAACAGAACUGCUAUUGUAUGGGGUUUUUGUAUUGCUGUUAAGUAUUGUUUUGUGUGUGUGUGUUGGAACCUACUGGGGACAUGUUAUAUUUUGAAGUGAUUAAACUAUUUAAUUGUGUGUCUAUAUUUUGGAAUGGAAUUAUUUCUUCAUUAAAAAGAUUUUUAAAAGGAA